AUGGAUCUAGGGCGCCAGCUCGCCAACCUCAUUGCCGGACACUCCCCCACCUUUCCCCCCACCCCUACCAAAGCGGUAUCGUCUCCCGCAAGGUCCCGCUGGCUUCCGUUUCUGGCAGUUAUCGCCGCCGUCGUCGUUGGCUACAUCGUCUACCCCACGCUAUUCCCCCAAGCGCCAAUGUUCUCCAGACGACCAGAUAAGUAUACUCCAGGUCUCCAGAACCUCCGCAACGACUGCUUUGCCAACCUGAGUCUCCAGGCGUUCUCGGCGCUCCCGGGGCUCACCGAGUACCUCAACGAGUUUGUCCUGGUCCACGCCGAGUUGGAGCGAUAUAUGACUAGUGCCAAGAUCUUGGACAACGUCAUUAAAGGGCGGGCCACCACGCAAAAGGCCAAAAAGGGCCGCUUUGACUGGCACGGCUACGAUGUCCCCUUACACCGCGCCCUCGCCGUGUUUAUGAAAAAACUCCAGGAAACCAUUACCUACUCGAAAACAAUAUCAGUAUGGACGUUCCUCCACUCGUUGGAGGCGAUAUUCAACUCGAAAAUCCUGCGCAGCCAGCACGACGCCCACGAGUUGACCAUGCUCAUCAUGGAGACGUUGGAGGUGGAAAACCACAAAUUGCGGCUGUUUAAACACUAUUUGGAGUCGCAUUUGGACCAGUUCGUCAGUGCUACCGCCAGUGACUACCGCGUGGUGCUGGCGCUGGUCCCCGACGUGCCGUUUCUGGGGCUCGUGCUUCUGAAAAUGCAGUGCACCAAAUGCCAGCGCACCUCCAAGCCUAAUUUCAGCCCGUUUUUGAUGAUGACGCUCACAGUUCCUCAACAAUUGUCCACCAGCUUGGACGAAAUGCUCCGCCAUCAACAGCAGGAGCUGAUCGAUGGCUACCACUGCGUCGUGUGCCGGCUGCGGUUCUUGCUCGACCAGCUUGCACCUGACCACCCGUUGCGCCCUCAACUUACAGCACUUGAGCUGCUGGCGUUCAUCAACGAGGACCUUAUCCCCGAAGUUGAGGACUUGAUGAAGAGCCACCGCGGCAUGGACCAGGUGGUGCUGACGGUGGUGCUGACCCACCAGAUCAUCAAACCCCCCAAGAUCUUUGGUAUCCACUUGCUGCGGCUGACGUUCAACGGCCAGAUGGUGGUGCGCAACCCGUGUCGGGUCAAAUUCACCGAGUCAGUGCAGUUACUGAUUGGCCCCUAUACCGAGGAGCUCCAGCACUUACUGGAGCUCUCACUGAAGGAAGACAUCCACGCACGUGUUUUAACCACUGACGUCAACGAUAUGGAGAACGCCCUGGUGCAGAACGGCCUGUUUGAGCACGUCGGCACCGACGAGGCCCUGGUCGACGUCACCCUGUUGCUGGGCGACUACGGCGACAUCACCCUGUUAGGGUCGGACCCGCCGGAGCUGGUGGUGCUGAGCGUGCUUAAUGCGUCAAAGGACCAGCUCGCCAACUUGCAAAAGGAGUUUUCCCAGUUUGACUUCAACGCCAACGACGUCUACAACUAUAAGCUCAAGCUGAUGAUCCGCCACCAAGGGUCGCACACCAUGGGCCACUACGAGUGUUUCAAGCGGAAACCGACGUACGUCAAGGACAAGGACGGCACCAUCAUCCGGCUCUCGCCCGAGAUCUCGGCUGAGGUGUGGCAGGAGUGUACCGAGGAGAAGCUCCCCGAACUGCCGAAACCUCAGGACCUGAAGAAGCUCUUGGGGCUCAAGAAAAAGCAGCCGGAAAUCAUCCACCUGGCGAUGCUGGAACGGCUGGCGGCGUCGAACAUCCGCCUGGGGGUGGCGCUGCCCGCCGAGAUCGAGAUGAGCGUCAACUUGUCCCAGUUGCUCGCGGUGGACCCGCUGAAGCUGAAACAACGCAAGCUCAAAAAGCUCUCGCUGGUGGUAAAGAGCCCUUACUGGCGCAUCCUGGACGCCACCGUGCUGGAGGUGCUGAAGGAACAGGUGCUCAACGAGGAGAACUCGGUGUACAUGUUGUACUACGAACGCCGCUGA